GUUGAUAUCAUUACUGGAUGUGUGUGCCUUACAUCUAUUAUUUGCUAUCAUGCUUGGCUAAUAAUGAAAGUUUACAAAAGUCCUGCUCAAACCGUAUUUGGACUGGCUUCUGCUUCAAGACGCAUAUGGAUUGCAGCAAUCAUGUAUCGCAAGGAAGAGAUUCUUGCAGUUCAAACUCUUCGUAAUUAUAUCAUGGCCACAUCUGUUCUUGCGUCGACUUCGGUUGCAAUUAUAUUUGGUCUUGCUGCGUUUAUAAGCAAUCUUGCCAAAGCUAGUGAGCCAGCACCUGGAUCAAUAUUUGCCUUUACUACAAAUAACAUUUUUGGAGUCAAGAUUCUACUCUUUAUGAUGUCACAUAUAGUAUCCUUUUUUUUCCUUUCUCAAUCGCUGAGAUUUUACAACCACGUAUGUAUUAGCGUAAAUGUCAAUGUUACUGAGGAUGAGUUAGCGAAGCUUGAGGAUGAGGCAGUUGUUGCAUAUGAGCAUUUAGAUGCAAACAGUGUUGGCAGUAUGCUUAACCGUGGUGCAUUAUUCUACACCAUGGCAAUGAGAAUGUAUUAUAUAUCGUUUCCAUUGCUUGCAUGGUUUGCAGACACAUGGGCUUUAGGGAUUAGUACUGUGAUUCUACUGUGCACUCUUCGUUUUAUUGAUUUU